CACACCUCGAGCAAGUUAUCCGGAAACAAGGUCGGAAAGGCUCGGGCUCGGAUUCCGAAAUUUGACAAAAGUCUUGGGCUCGGAUUCCGAAAUUUGACUUAAGUCUUGGGCUCGGAUUCCAAAAUUUGACUUAAGUCUUGGGCUCGGAUUCUGAGACGCGGGUCUCGGUGCCUCGGCAAGUCUCGGAUUUACCCGUCGCUGCCCCUAAGGACCGUGGGCUCAGUGUGAUAUGGUUGAAAAAGGUUAUUUUAUAAAUAGGAUAAUGUUUAUUUAUAAUAAUAUAAAACAAAAAAUUAUUUAUAGCAGUUAUUUAUCGUGCUCACAAAGUACUAAAAUACAAUGACUUGUAUUUCAAAUUAUUCUAUGGAAAUGGUUUUACCUAUAGAAAUAUGAGAACUUAAUAUAAACACGAUACCAUCAAGAUCAUCUCGUGUAUUCUACCCGGAUUCUACUCUAUCUGACUUGAGUACGUCAAUGUUCAGUUAUCUCCGGCGUCAAUGGAUUAGAUCUUAAUCGUACAAUCUCCGCUUGUUCGCACCUACUUAUUGCUUUCACCACUCAACUUCAAUACAGCUCUCCUCUCUGCGCUAAUAGAAAAUCACUUAAAACCUGUAUGGACUACGACAGCGCCGUAGAAAAGUAGUCAGUCAGCUCUGGGUACCUUUUAGCGUAAGGAAUAAAGAGGGUGCAAGUGGCUAGCUACUGCUGUUCUAGCUUGCUGGGUUCCAGGUUGGUUUGCCCUUUCAAAGAUUGGAUUCACGGGGAUGGAAUUCCUUACGCGGUUGGAAACCCUAGGAUUGUCUCUCCCAGAGGGUUUUCAUAUGCAAAGCCAUAGACUCGCUAAUGAGGUCAACAAUGACAUGUGUUUAUUUUAUGGACAAAAGAAAGUAGCGCUUAUCUACCGAAGUGUUUUUUUAUCUAGACAAGUUUCUAGACACAAAUUACUGCCGCGAAGUCUCACAUCGCUUUCAUUACAAUAGAUAUAGUCGGCAAUAGACCAAUGGAAAACCUUGCAAGUUGUAAAGACUAGUGGCUCAUUAAGCCACGUGAUUAGAAAGCAAUCGACAAUAACAGGAAUAAACAUGACGGUCUAUUCUUGGUCAGUUCAUUGUUGACAGCUGAAGAGAGCGAGACCCAUGCUCAAAGAUAUUGGUGGUAACAAGCUGGGAAAGCAGCAUGAGUAUUUUACGCUAGCUCACGCAAUCACAAACCGGAAAACCAAACCGGAAAACCGGAAAACCAAAAUUUGAGGCCCCACGCACAAUCAAGUACAGAAGAAAUUUAUACGAAAAGAAUUAAGGCGAAAUUUGUCAGCUGAUAAGAGUACUGUUCGGUCUACGUACAUACUCUAGAGAGUUCCGAGCGCUUCCUUCCCUCCAUUCAGACAGUCGGAAAUCAGUGGUUCCCUCAGCGAGCGUAUUUAUAAUCUGAGUGAGUGUUGGCUUCGACAUGGUAUGCGCGAUACGGAAUAAAUUUUCCCAGGUGACGUCGCGUCAUUCUAGCGAGGAUCCUGAUCGUAGCUGACUGAAGGCUUUGAUGGUGUCUUUGAGGCGGUUCACAGUGUCAACACUCUGGACCAUACGCAAUACCAAAUGGCUUUCUGUUGUUGUUGUACUUAUCGCCGUCUAUACUGUAGUGCUUGUGCUUCAAGCAGGUUUGGGCCUUUUCAAGACACGGUUACGAGAACUGCCCCAGGAGACGUUAUCAUUGUCGGUUUCCGCUCCACUUAAUGUCCAACUACCUCGAGGCAUUGAUAGAAUAAACUACAAUCCAGUUGAGUAUAGCCAUAGUAGGCAAGGGAGUAAUCUGGUACCAAAAAUCAGAGGACAAAACCUGCAAAGCGAUCAACUGACCGGUGCAGAUUCCCAAAAUGUGGAUAAUAAGGCGGCGCGAAACACGCACAGGCAAAAAUAUCUGUUUGUUUUUCGAUAUUAUGAGCAGCUCGGAAGGGCAACAAACAAUUUAUUGGAGCUGGCUUCAUGGGCCAAGCAUAGGAAUAGCAUCGUCGUCGCACCGUUUGUCAAUAAUUCAAGAAUGUCGGGUCUGCCUGGUGGAGUCAGCCAUUACUUGCGGACAACCACUUCGUUAGCGCGAUUCGGCCCCCUCCGAGAAUAUUUCGAUGUGAAAUACCUAAACAAUUUACUGAAAAAGAGGGGAUACGGGACACUUGGGGGGUUCGGGGAUUUUCAAAAUGACUGCCAGCAACGCUUAAAUAUAGUUAUACAUUUUCUUUAUUCGAAUCGCGAAGCGCUGUUGGACGCGGCGGAAUGGUAUCGUAAAACGUACCGGGAAAUGAAAGAGAUUUACACCAAGACACGCGCUAACGGUGGCUGGCUCCCCUGCCCCUUCGUGCGCUACUCUCGACUACAGAAACAAUUGAAUUUCAAAGUGAGUAGGUAUGUGUGUGUGGACCCGGAGAUGAUUCAGGAUGCAUUCGAACUAGAACGAAAGGUCAUCCAGGGUCGAUUCUGCGUCGGUGUUGUAUUAUGGAAAGGGAAUGGGAAAGGUCGGGUUCACUUUCCCUUGCACCCAUCCAUCACGAGACCCCUAACACCCCCAGAUGUCAGGUUCAACGCCACACUUGUCGAAAUCGCAAGGAAAUUUGUAGAAGAACGACUGGGUGGUAGUUAUAUAGCCGUACAUGUCCGAGGGGAGCGUCAUUUAGUAAGAAAGGGGACAAAUAUCACGUAUCGAUGCGUGCGAAAACUGAUUGACAGAGUACGCGAAGCGCAGAGGAAAUACCACAUACAGACAGUGUUUCUCGCUACAGAUCUACCAGAGUACGGAUCUGACACUUUCGACCAGGAGCGGGGUAGCAGAAAAGCCUUACAGCGGUACCUGCACAAGGAACUCAACCAGCCAGUCUCAUACCAACCCGCAGAUCUCUACGAUAACGGCGCUAUCGCCAUCAUUGAGAUGAACAUUCUUGCUGCCGGAAAUAGGCUCUUCACACUUGGAAGUGGUAAUUUCCAGAACUGGAUCGUCAGUUUAUUUCUACAGAGACGCAAAUCAAACUCAAAAAAGCUGCACAGGCUGUGCGAGUUAAGCUAAUAAUAAUUACACGGUAUCGAUAUUUUGAUCUCUCGCGCUAAAACAAUUAGUCGAAGACUGCAGCUGAGGUUAAGAGAUAGCUUGUUUUUCCGCGUCGCAAUUUCCAUUCUAUUUUAUCGAGAUCUUAGGCUUGAUUACUCGCGGUAUUUUGGAAUUUUGAAGUAAUACUCAAAACAAAAGCUAUAAGCUCUGAGUUUGCUAUGAUAACAUUCAUAGCCGAGUAAAAUACAUUAUUAAUAACACAUCAGAUGUUUCCUAUUUUCAAAUUCACGCUCCGGGAAAAAUAUCAAAGACAGACAAGAGACUGUUUUAUGAAACGCACUGGCGUCUUUUUCAAUGGAAUUAAUCCCAUUUGAUCAGGGGCUCUUGUAAUUAUCUAGAAAAAUUCGCGUAUAAUUAAACAAAAACGCGAAAUCUUUUUAUAGCAACCAGCCAACAUCCAACCUCAAAAAGAGGUACACUCUAUACUUGUGAUGUUUCUAUGGGGGAAUUGUAACCAUCUACCAUCGUGUGAGGUGUAUUUGUUUUCAGUAAGUGAAUUUCGGCCGCGAGGUUGGAUGUCGGUCUUGUGGUUUCAGGAUAAAGCAUGCAACUUUACAUUUUUUCAUUUAAGAUUACUCAGUAAAAGUGAUAACUCCAUUAGAUGGUAAAAGCCAAAUGAUUUUCAAUAAUUAACAGUAAAAAGGGUUUAGAGGUUUGUAAAAAAAACAUCAAGUUUUCUGGUAAAAAAAAACCUCGGUCUAUUUAUUAUGUCCAUUAUUUAUCCUUAAAUUAAAUAUUCGAAGUACACUUGUACAACAAAGAAUUAUUUUAAUAAAAAUACAGACAAACUGA